ACACGCAGAAUCGCUAAUUAAGAAACUAUGUUGCGUGCAAUUUGGCAGAAAUAUAAAGCAAUAGGUCAGUUUUCGAAUCACAAUGUUAGAAUCAGGUUUGAAAUGAAAUUUACUUAAAUAUUAUAUUUUAAAAAAAUUAGUUUGAAAUACGUAAUUUUAAUGUGUAGUUUGGAAAGCCAUCAAUAGAUGGCGCUACGAGUUAAAAUUUAACAUUGUAAUCUUAUUUCUGCAAAAAUUCACGAAGUAAUUGAUUUUGAUAUCAGUUAUAAAUCAUAUUUUUUUCUAAAUAAUAUUUAGAAGCGUUUCAUAUAUUCCUUUAUACACAGUUUUCACUAAACAUUGUCAGCUGUCAGCAGAAUGACGUUUACGGCAACCCUAUUGCAUUGCUAUUCCGCACUCGUUUUGUUUACAUUUAUUUGUACUGUGGUCAGUUUGCAAAAAAUAUGCGAAAAUAUCAAGGACGACCGAAAAAACAUCCUGGUUUUAAUAAAAGAUCCAGAAUUCAGCGUAAACGUCGAGCUCAAGAAAAAAAUAUGAAAUUAAAUUCCCGAGAUGUGGAAGAUUCCGAACAAGCGGAUGUUUUCGAAAGGUCCGGAAGUGAAAAAUUUGACUUUUCUACGCCAGAAGUUACAGCUAAUGUUCCUAAGACAAACCAGGCUUUCCUGAGUUCUGAUCUGGACAUUUCAGUUAUUGACUCUGACGUAGAAGGUAGAAAUACAAGCUCUCUUUUGGGCUUGGAGUCUGAGCCUCUUCAGGAGAACCUUAAUGAUGAAUUUCUGUGUCCUGAUUCACCUUUAAUUAUCGAAAGGGAAGAUCGACGAAAGGCAAAUCCAUUACCAUCUGGCAGAACAAUUUGCAAUAUGUCUUUUGUAAUAGUGCAGGCUAGGACAUUAGAGCAACAUUCCCUAAAUUGUAAAUUUGGAGGAUCAUUUAUUUUUAACAAAGUGAUUCGACGUGGUCUUGUCACACUACAUAUAACUAUGUAUGUGAUAAAAUUUUAUGUGGGGAAAUGGCAACAAUUUGUUCUGAUAUGGAGAAAAGCAGCCUAA